GUUGUGUUUUCUUAUAGAACUGGUGUGUUUUUUUAAGAUUUCGCGCGUGUGAUAGGGAAAUAACACGUCAGCCCGGGGAUUAAGGGAUGUGGGCUGGCUCUAUAAUAUCCGAGGCUGCCCUCCAACUCUAAUUCAAUAGGAUCUAAGCUGCGGUUGUUGAUGGUCUGUCAGCAUCGAGCGCAGAUGGAUCGUUUAGAUGUGUGGUUUGAGCAAGAUCUCCGGGUAUCUCACAUUGCGAACCUCCCUCGGAUAAACUGUGUAUCGGAAUAAUCUCUGCCACGGCUCAGGUAGGGGCAUUUUGAAUGUGAGGGCUGGGAGAUAAACCUAUGGGCUCCUGAAGAGAGGAUGGAUCUCAGCCUACGGCUUGUUUCCCCGAGCGCAUGUUUCGUUGUCGUAGUCUGCUGAAUGAUCGGAGGAUAGGCUAAAAUAAAAACAGCAAAAACAUAAAAGAAAAAAAAUCAGACCGUGCCAUGAAUGCGAGAGUGCAGUGAUGCGGGCGCAGCUGGGAACAUACUGGACUUGUGCAAAAGCAGAGAUUUCCACAGACAGGCAGAUGAGUAGAAGUUGUGGACUGACCAUGCCUUGCAGGAUCCGAUGCUGCAGAUGUUAGUUUGGGAAAGGCAGAGUAGUGGCUCCUAAGCACAGAGUAACCCUACUCACACACAGAGAGAGACCGGAGGAUGGUCCCUGGGGCCCCCACGACCACCACUAUGCUCCCCGCGUCGGAGGCUGCCAAAAUCUACCAGACCAACUACGUGCGUAACUCUCGGGCCAUCGGCGUCCUCUGGGCCAUCUUCACCAUCCUCUUCGCCAUCGUCAACGUGGUGUGUUUCAUCCAGCCCUACUGGAUCGGGGACGGUGUGGACACGCCGCAGGCAGGCUACUUCGGUCUGUUCCACUACUGCAUCGGCAACGGGCUGUCCCGGGACAUGACCUGCCAGGGCAGCUUCACCGAGUUCAGCACCAUCCCCUCCGGUGCGUUCAAGGCCGCCUCCUUCUUCAUCGGCAUGUCCAUGGUGCUGGUCCUCACCUGCAUCGGCUGCUUCGCGCUCUUCUUCUUCUGCAGCACCGGCACCGUGUACAAGAUUUGCGGCUGGAUGCAGCUGGCUGCAGGUACAUGUCUGAUCCUGGGCUGCAUGAUCUACCCAGAUGGCUGGGACAGCGACGAGGUGAAGAGGAUGUGUGGCGAGCAGACGGACAAGUACACGCUGGGCGCGUGCUCGGUGCGCUGGGCCUACAUCCUGGCCAUCAUGGGCAUCAUGGACGCGCUCAUCCUCUCCUUCCUGGCCUUCGUCCUGGGCAACCGCCAGGACAGUCUGAUGUCUGAGGAGCUGCUGGGAGACAAGACUGGUAAUAAUGCCAUAUAAUGCCUGCCCGGUGGCAAAGCAGUCACACACACAUACACACAGGUCUCGCUGCCCAGACGUGACGUUACUUCAGGAUCCGGCCUCCCACUGCUGGUCCAACCUGCGGCUGGGAUGCAGCGCUGACGCUUUGGAGAAGGAACAGAUCAAAGAUGAGGAGGUGCGGAGGGAACCGAGCCUCGGUGGAGACGAGGCUGCACUCGCCCUCUCUGAACAGACUCGCUGUAAAAUAGCCUCCUCGCUCAUCCCAGACUCUUUGUUUUAGUUUUUUUUUUUUUUUUGCUGGACCUAUUCUUCACAGCUGCAACAAAACACACAUCUUUCAGAUCCAGUUUCACUGCACCAUCUCAAGCCUCGUACAGUUCAGACUGUCUCUACAUGACAGCUCACAGGCUCAGCUGGAAAUGCGGUGGAAAGUCUGGCCCAGGCCGUUGUUACAAAAUCACACGACUCCUCCCGUAGUAAUUCAGCUCUGGGACUCUUGUUGGAUUAAUGCCAUGGAGGGAGGGCCAAUCAGAUCGAAUUAAAUCAGAACAAAUUAACCGCACUUUGACCGACACAACAAGGACUCGAAAGACUUAAGGUCAAAGCUGUCAAGUCUUCUCUUUGUUAUCAAGUUGUCAACAGUGUAGUAUACCAUAACACCGAAAAAUAACUUUGUGCGCUGGAUCCUGUCUGGACUCGGGUUUGUUUGACCUUUCAUUCAGAAGGUAGAGGCGAAGGUUAAUUAAAAGGGAAAAAAAAAAAAAACAAGCUUUACAAAAGUAAAAGUGCAUUUGAUCCCACUGAACCAACAAACCGGAUAUAGACUCAGUAUUGGCAGUGAACCCACUGGGAUGAACUAACACGAGAAGAUGAAUGUAUGUAAUUAUUAACAAAUGUUUGAUGUGAUAGAGUCAGAAGAUAGAGAUUAGGUUUUUCUAGUGAGAAAUCUGCACACACACAAAAAAA